AUGAGGUUGACUAGUGCUGGGGUCCGGGCCCGGCGGACCGUGGAGCUCUCAGAACCAGAGCCAGAGGCGACACCGGAGCCAGCCCACCAUGACCAUACCCAUCCAGAACACCAUCCCAGCCAUGAGCACACCCACUCGGAGCACCACCCCGGCCACGAAUACGACCACAUGAAGGACAAGUUCAUGAAUGAGCUGCACAGACUGCCACUCCCCAUGUGGGCGGUGGGGGCCAUCGUUGUGGUGGUACUGACUCUGGUGGGAUGCUUCAUCUUCUGUGUCUUCAAGAAAUGCUUUGGGAAAAAGAAGAAGCCAAAGAAAGUCAGAGAGAGAAAAGGUGGCCGCCGGAGAAAGGCAAAAGAAGAAGGAGAAGGUGGAGAGAAGGAGGGAGAGGAGAAGAAGGGAGGAGAAGAGGAGGAGAAGGAGCAGGAGAAGCUAGGCAAACUGGAGUUCUCCCUGGACUAUAAUUUCACAGAUGCACAGCUCAUAGUGGGCAUCCUCCAGGCUCAGGAUCUUGCUGCCAUGGACAUGGGGGGCACCUCAGACCCCUAUGUCAAAGUCUUCUUGCUACCAGACAAGAAAAAAAAGUAUGAGACCAAGGUCCAGCGCAAGAACCUGUGCCCGGUUUUCAAUGAGACCUUCAUCUUCAAGAUUCCCUAUGCAGAAUUGGGAGGGAAGACCUUGGUGUUGCAGGUCUUUGACUUUGACCGAUUCUCCAAACAUGACAUGAUUGGAGAGAUAAAGAUUCCUAUGAACAGUGUGGAUCUGGGCCAGCCAAUGCAACAGUGGAGAGACUUGGAGAGUGGGGAGAAGGAGGAGCAAGAAAAGUUGGGUGAUAUUUGCAUUUCUCUGCGCUAUGUACCCACUGCUGGCAAGCUGACCGUUAACAUCAUGGAGGCCAAGAACCUGAAAAAGAUGGAUGUUGGUGGCUUGUCAGAUCCGUUUGUGAAGAUUGUUUUGCAGCAAAAUGGGAAGCGAAUCAAGAAGAAGAAGACAACUGUCAAGAAGAACACACUCAACCCGUACUUCAACGAGAGCUUCAGCUUCGACGUCCCGUUUGAGCAGAUACAGAAAGUGCAGGUUGUCAUAACUGUGUUUGACUAUGACAAGCUGGGGAGUAAUGAUCCCAUAGGAAAAUCGUUCAUGGGUUAUGGAGCAACAGGAGUCGGCCUGCGCCACUGGUCCGAUAUGUUGGCCAAUCCCAGACGUCCGGUGGCCCAGUGGCACACUCUGCUGCCAGAGGAAGAGGUGGAUGCAGCUGUCAAGGCUAAACCGCGUUAGACCCAGUUUAUUUUCUGUUCACAAAGUAUAUUGUUUGACAUGUUUUACACGAUCCCGGUGU